CAUUAAAAGGAAAUUCCACAUUAGGAAAGUGUCUGCGUUUACUUGAAACACCAUUACACAGCACAACAAAGCUGGAUGGGUUUUAAAGAUAGGAUAUGAGUAAUAAGAGCAGACGAAUUUGCCUUUUGUUCUGGGCCACACCCCUGAUGAAUAUUGAUACUCUUCGACUGCUUUCUUUCUACUGUCCAUCUGAAAAGCGAGGCUGCUGUGUUUCUGCUACCGCGGCUAUACUUUACCCAGAAGUGCUUUGCUGUGUGUUUCCGCUCGUUCCCUUUUCCCUUUGCCAGAGAAGCAGAAAGGAAGCAGUAAAAGACUUUUCCUGCCCAUCUUUUCAGCACUGUUUGAUGCUGUUUUCGUCCCGCCGCUGUGAAAGAAACAUGCUUGUGUGUGAGUGCUCGGCUGGCCUGACCGGUUUCCUGUGAUUGUGUCUUCUGAAGACAAGAAGAAAGAAAAAGAAGGGGUUUGACAAGGAGUUGUUGGAACUGCCAGCUCAACAUGGUGUAAUCCCUUUCCUUGAGGAGGGUCAGAGAACGCUAAAAAGGGGGAUAACUGGCCCGGAGGCAAUCACGACAGCAGUCCUUUCCCCUGACCUCCCAAAUGAAGGAUCUAUAUAUUGCUUGGAUACGUUUGGUGUGAAGAAAGAAAGGCUAAGACUUUGAAUUUCUGUAUAUUUACAAAAAAUGGCGAACGAGUCUCCAGCAAAAAGUCUGGUGGAUAUAGACCUUUCCUCUCUGCGGGACCCUGCUGGCAUUUUUGAACUGGUGGAAGUGGUUGGCAAUGGCACUUACGGACAAGUGUAUAAGGGUCGUCAUGUCAAAACGGGUCAGCUGGCAGCUAUCAAAGUCAUGGAUGUGACAGAGAAAUGUCUUAUCAGCGAUCACACUAUGGAGCCUUCUAACAUUUCUAAUGUGGAACUGGACUAUAAUCCUGAACCUAUGAAUUUAAAUCAGAAAUGGAAUGAUAUCCUUGAACCGGGCAGUAAUCCUUUACUUACCCUGGAGCUACAUCCACUUUCAUUGCCACCUCCAACAGGUACUGUAAAUAAUCUAAAUGAGUUUAAUGAUUUAAGCAGAGAAUUAGAAAACAGCUUAUAUAAAUUACAAAGACUCAUUUGGCAGAGGCGACACAUGGAGGCCAGUCUACAUUUUCAGAUUGUACCUCGAGGCAUGAGAGUUUUGUGCAUGCCUACAUAUGGAGAUAGUCAUCCAGAACUGCUUAAUAGAUGGCAAAAAUUGAAUUUAGAACUGAGCAAUAAUUAUGUGAAAUUAUUGAUGGACUAUUUUUCACCUAUUGAAGCUGAGCUCAUGCGGAAGGUAGAAGCGUUGAAUACAGAUAUACGAGCUCGCUUCAAGAAUGUGAUAUUUAUAAGAAAAUUGGAGAAUUUAUAUGCUCAAGUAGCUGCUUAUAGUGAUAGGCUACAACAAACAAAAUAUCGGAAGUUGCAACGGGACUAUAGAGAUUUCUCUGCAGGACAGGUUUUUGUCUGGUCGAAGAAUAACUUAACGACCAGCCAGGCAACUUCUGAUAAUAGAUAUGCUGAAAAGCGUAGCUCUCCCUUUAAUAAUAAUAAGGUUCCAAACAAUGUUACAUCGAAUAUUAAUGAAGCUACUGACAGCAAGAAUGUUACUGAUUCUGAUAUGCCUACUGAGUCUUUAAGUGAUAUUUUACUUUUAAAUAUCACGUCAUCAGCAGCUACACCACCGCCUAAUCAGCAGCUUGUAAUGGAGUUUUGUGGGGCUGGUUCCAUCACAGAUUUGGUGAAGAAUACAAAAGGCAAUACUUUGAAAGAAGACUGGAUUGCUUACAUCUCUAGAGAAAUUCUAAGGGGAUUGGCACAUCUUCAUGCUCAUCAUGUUAUUCAUCGAGAUAUUAAGGGUCAGAAUGUUUUGUUAACAGAGAAUGCUGAAGUCAAGCUCGUGGAUUUUGGUGUCAGUGCCCAGCUUGAUAGGACAGUUGGUCGAAGAAACACAUUCAUAGGCACUCCUUACUGGAUGGCACCUGAAGUUAUAGCCUGUGAUGAAAAUCCAGAUGCAACAUAUGAUUACAGGAGUGACCUUUGGUCCUGUGGGAUUACAGCCAUUGAAAUGGCAGAAGGAGCGCCUCCUCUUUGUGACAUGCAUCCAAUGAGGGCACUGUUUCUUAUUCCCAGGAAUCCUCCUCCACGAUUAAAAUCCAAGAAAUGGUCCAAGAAGUUCUUCACAUUUAUAGAGGCAAGUCUUGUGAAAAACUAUCUUCAACGCCCUUCUACAGAACAUUUACUAAAACAUCCUUUCAUCCGGGAUCAGCCAAAUGAGCGGCAGGUCAGAAUUCAACUGAAGGAUCAUAUUGACAGGACAAGAAAAAAGAGAGGAGAAAAAGAUGAAACUGAGUACGAAUAUAGUGGGAGUGAAGAGGAGGAGGAGGAAGUGCCUGAACAGGAAGGAGAGCCAAGUUCUAUUGUAAAUGUGCCUGGUGAGUCUACUCUUAGGCGAGAUUUCCUGAGGUUACAGCAAGAAAAUAAGGAGCGGUCUGAAGCCUUGAGGAGGCAACAAUUGCUUCAGGAACAGCAGCUUCGAGAACAAGAAGAAUACAAGAGGCAGUUGCUUGCAGAGCGACAGAAGCGCAUUGAGCAACAGAAAGAGCAGAGGAGACGACUAGAAGAGCAACAAAGGAGAGAGCGUGAAGCAAGGAGACAACAAGAACGUGAACAGAGGAGAAAAGAACAGGAGGAGAAACGAAGAAUGGAAGAGAUGGAACGGCGGCGUAAGGAAGAAGAGGAGAGGAGGCGAGCAGAAGAGGAAAAGAGAAGAGUAGAAAGGGAACAGGAAUUCAUCAGACGACAACUAGAAGAAGAGCAACGUCACUUGGAAAUCCUUCAGCAGCAACUGCUCCAGGAACAGGCCAUGUUACUGGAGUACAAGUGGCGAGAGAUGGAGGAGCAGAGGCAAGCUGAGAGACUUCAAAGGCAACUGCAGCAAGAACAAGCGUACCUUUUGUCAUUACAGCAAGAUCACAGACAGCAGCAACAACAGCAGCAGCAACAGCAGCAGCAGCAAGAAAGGAGCAAACCUGUACAUCAUGUUUCUGAGCAAAAACCUCAGUAUGAACUGUCAGAAAGAACUAGAGAGGCAGCCCCACCUAGAGCUGAAGAGUGGUUAAGAAAGACUAACCAGGGUUCACCACAAGCACAGUCCAAACAGACAAGCAAAGUUUUGGAGCCCCCAGUGCCUUCAAGGUCUGAGUCCUUCUCCAUUAGUAACACUGACCUUCCUCAGCCCGCUGCGCAGAGGCCUGCUGAACCACAGGUACAGUGGUCACAUCUGGCAUCUCUCAAGAACAGUGUCCCCCCUGUGUCUCGAUCCCAUUCCUUCAGUGACCCUUCUCCCAAAUUUGCACAUCUCCAUCUUCGUUCUCAGGACCCAUAUGUGCCUUCACGCAGUGAAAUGCAAAGUCAGAGUUCUGAUACUAGGUCAGAUAUACCUGGGGCUAGAUCAGACAGUGACGAGGUGCCUCCAAGGGUACCUGUAAGGACAACAUCCAGAUCUCCUGUGCUUUCGCGAAGAGAUUCGCCAUUACAAGGUAGCAGUCAGCCUAGCAAUCAAACUGGUCAAAGAAACUCCACAAGCAAUAUAGAGCCCAGGCUUUUAUGGGAAAGAGUGGAGAAGCUUGUACCAAGACCGGGCAGUGGCAGUUCCUCAGGUUCCAGUAAUUCAGGUUCACAACCAGGCUCACAUCCUGGUUCUCAAAGUGGUUCAGGAGAACGCUUCCGAAUGAGAUCUUCAUCCAAGUCUGAAGGCUCGCCAUCACAACGGCCUGAAAAUUCUGCCAAAAAAACGGAAGAGAAGAAGGAGGCCUUGAAACCAAGCAAGACAGCUGAUCUUGCUGCAUUAGCUAAAGAACUUCGAGCUGUCGAAGAUGUUAGACCUACUCCAAAAGCUACAGACUAUUCCUCUUCAAGUGAAGAGUCUGGUACUACAGAUGAGGAAGAUGAUGACUUAGAGCAAGAAGUUGCAGAUGAGUCUACAUCUGGACCUGAAGAUUCUAGAGUAGUUUCAUCAUUGAAACUGAGCAAUGGAGAGACAGAGUCCGUGAAAACUAUGAUAGUUCAUGAUGAUGUAGAGAGUGAGCCAGCAAUGACUCCAUCAAAAGAUGGCACUUUAAUUGUUCGGCAGAGUGCAGGCGACAAAAUGCGUGUCAUCUACCAUGAGAGCAAUGGCUUUGCCAGUCGUAUUCACCUCUUGCCAGAUCUCUUACAGCAAAGCCAUUCCUCCUCCACUUCUUCCUCCCCAUCCUCCAGCCAGGCGACACCCACAAUGUCCCCACUGACACCCCUGGAGAAGCUAACUUCUAUUGAGACGCAGUCAGCUGGUAAUACCCUGCAAAAACAUAAGUCUUCAUCUUCAUUUACACCUUUUAUUGAUCCCAGACUGUUACAGAUUUCUCCGUCAAGUGGAACAACUAUUGCAUCUGUAGAAAAUGGACAUGUCAGAGACUUGGUCCAUUUUAUUUCAGUAGGCUUAUCAACUGAAGCCAUGAGAGCAGAGGUGAUGAGGCAAGAUCCAACUAGAAAAGGAUCCGUUGUAAAUGUGAAUCCAACAAAUACAAGACCACAAAGUGACACCCCAGAGAUUCGUAAAUAUAAAAAGCGAUUCAAUUCCGAGAUACUUUGUGCUGCCUUAUGGGGCAAAAAGAACAAGCUACGUGUUUACUACCUUUCUUGGUUAAGGAAUAAGAUACUACGUAAUGAUCCAGAAGUAGAAAAGAAACAAGGCUGGACAACAGUGGGGGAUUUAGAGGGCUGCGUACAUUACAAAGUUGUAAAAUAUGAAAGAAUUAAAUUCUUGGUCAUAGCUUUGAAGAAUUCAGUAGAAGUCUAUGCAUGGGCACCAAAGCCAUACCAUAAAUUUAUGGCCUUCAAGUCAUUUGGAGAUUUGUCACACAGACCAUUGCUGGUGGAUCUUACUGUAGAGGAAGGUCAAAGACUGAAAGUUAUCUACGGUUCCUUCGCUGGAUUCCAUGCAGUGGAUGUUGACUCUGGAACAAGCUAUGACAUUUACUUACCAACACACAUCCAGAGCAGUAUUCAGCCUCAUGCCAUUAUUAUUCUGCCAAACACAGAUGGGAUGGAGUUGCUGGUUUGUUAUGAAGACGAAGGAGUCUACGUCAACACAUAUGGGCGUAUUACUAAAGAUGUGGUUCUACAGUGGGGUGAAAUGCCAACAUCUGUAGCUUAUAUUCGAUCCAAUCAGAUUAUGGGUUGGGGAGAAAAAGCCAUUGAAAUACGCUCAGUGGAAACUGGCCACUUGGAUGGUGUUUUCAUGCACAAAAGAGCACAGAGAUUAAAGUUUCUUUGUGAAAGAAAUGACAAGGUGUUUUUUGCCUCAGUGCGAUCUGGUGGAAGUAGCCAAGUGUACUUCAUGACUCUUGGCAGAAGCUCUCUUUUGAGUUGGUAGAAGCUAUUUCAGGGAUUACUGGAAACCAGAGUCUUCAAUUUACCUUUGAAAUCUUGAAUUGACAACUGGAGAAUAACCUGCACUGACAUUACCUGAACUUGUGUAUUUUAUUGAGAAAUAUUACAAUGCCACUGGUGCUGUUAGAAUUUUGUUAUUGGGUUCCAGAGAGCACUGUGACUGAAAUAUGUUUCACUCAAGAAAGGCUCGUAUGAAUAUGUAAACCACCAGGGUUUUGGAGAACUGUUUUCAAAGAGAGCCUUCCUGUGUGUAGUAUGAAUAGAGGACAGCAAAAGGUGGGAAGCAGCCUCACUGUGUGUAGUGUGGUUAGUGGACAGGCAAAAGGAAGUGUUAGCAGUGGUAUGAGGGUAGUGAGCAGUUUGCUGCAAUAUGGGACUUAAUGAAGUUGGUGAAGGUAUAUUUGGUAUUUUUAUGAGACUAUUGUGAGCUGGAGAAAAAGAUAGAGGACUUAGAAGUAUAUAUGGAGCCAAUGUGAAUAGCAGGAAAUGAGGCAACUUACUUGAUUAUUAUUUUUAUUUUUCUAUUUUUGGGGGUGGAUGGGUGAUCAUGUCCAUAAGGAGGGUGUUGCCUUUAUUUCAGGUUUACCCUGCAAGAUUUGCAGUAAUGAAAGCUUGCUUAUGUAGCAUAAUUCUGUGUUAGGCCAGAACUUGGUUGUGUCACAGUGUUAGUUUUGCAUAAGUUAAAAGGUUUUAUUUUUUAAAACCUUGAAGUGCAAAAGCAGUUUUUAACAGUCUGCACUCAGAGUUUCCAGACCAUUUGUUUUUGUGCCUACCUCAUUGUUUUUAAUAUUGAAAAUAAAGGAGGUGGUUUAGUUUGUCACCUAAAUAAUUUUAUCUGCUGAUAAGCUGAACUGAGUACUACACAGCUGUGCAUUUCUUGUAGGCUGAGCAUCUUGUUGCAGAACUUCAGAUGAUGAUGAUGAUGAUGAUUGAGGAAGAGAAUGAAAAUGAGACAAGUGUAGUUGCUUUUAAAGGAUUGGGAAGCAAUAUAAUUUUUUUUCAACACCUGAGUAGUGCUGAUUUUGAAUAACUUUUAUAAGCAGAAGGGUUCAGUCUGCAUUGUAUGGCUCUAACAGCAUUUAAAUCAUUUUAUUAGGCUGGACUUAAUAAGAGUACCUACAUAAUUCAAAGGUGGGGCAUUUUUUUUCUUAACUGCAGAAAUUCAGUGCACUAAACCUGUUUUAAGAAUGUAGUAUAAAAAGCAGAUUUUGUUUAUAAGCCCCAUGUGUCAAAAUAUUUUAUUGUUUUAUACGCACAAUUGAUGAUAUUAAAUUAAGACAUUUAUAAUGUUUCCUGUGAAGCAAAUUUUGUUACUUGACAAGCUGAGCUGUGUAAUGUAGUCUGUUAAUGAUGUGAUAGUACACAGUGGCUCUGUAUGACCCUCGAUCAUUCACCCCUCCUUCCUCAUUAUGAUUUUUGGGGGUACUUUGACAGCUGCCUUAAGCUGUUCCUUCUGUGAACAGACUUGUUUCACAGGGCUUGAUCUUCUGCAGUUUGGUUAGUUCAUGCUGGAGCAUUUACACUUUGUGUGUGCAGGUCUCAUCAUCUAAAACAAAACUGCCUAAUCAGUUCACUGUGUGUUUGAUAUACAAGCAGAUAUAUUAUUUAAACAACAUGAAUGUAAGGUCUUUAAUGUAACAGAGCAUUUCUGCUUGUGGCCGUUUGUUCAAAGGCAGAACCAAUUAUAAACUGUUAGUAAUCAUGUAAAUAUACAGACUGGGUAUGGGAAAGGGAAACGAAAGCCUUACUUUGAAAUAGAAAGUGAACACUUUAAUUUUUUAUUGUAUGAUCAUUUUUUUCCAGUAGCAAGGAAGGUCAGGGCUAUUUUUUGUCUUGUCCGAGUGCUGAGCUUUUCAAAGAGCUAUAGAAAUGAAGACAUUGUAUUUAAAACUAGAGAUGUACUCACUAAAACCUCAAGGCAUUCACAGAACUGGGCAUCAGAACUAGCUGAUUUACUGGUCUCAUCUGUGAGAUGAGCCAAACCAUAGUCUAUAUGCAUGUUGUAAGUCUGAAACCACCCUGCAGUAACAAUGGGUGCACAGCUUUUGUGAUUAGUAUCUCCCUUUUUGUUUCUCUUAAACUCAGUUAGUUCUUUUAAUACAGUGUUCUAUUGUAGAGAAUUAUGUUUAUUUUGAUAUAUAAACCCAUUAAAUAAUUUGCUGUUGAUGUUCUGGAUAUUUAUUAAAACUUUGGGUGGGGGUGGGUGGAAGUGUGGUAUAAACCAAAAAAGCAUUUUUUUCUCUUCAGCAGAGUGAAAAAGACCCACAAUCAGCAGUGAAGUACCACGGUGGCAGAAUUGUGAAUAAAGCAGUACAGUAUUACUGAACCACUACAUUUUGAAAUAUUGAACUCCUGUUAAGCUCAGUGAUAUUAAAAUAUGUUUAGAUUAGGUAUUCUUAAGUAAUUAUUUUCUAUAUUUUGAGUCAGAGUAACCCUAACUGUAUGACUGCAUUCUUAUUUUGUGCACAGGUUAUGUUUGAGAAAUUGUUUACAAAGAACAGUUGUUUUGUUAACACUAAUUUGUGUUAUGUAUUUAUGGUUUAUUUUGAACGUUUGUGUUUUUUAACUUUUGUUUUUUUUUUCAUAUCACUAAGCACACGUGGUUUAUACAUAGUUUAUAACCUCCUAAAACUCUGCUGAUAUAAAGAUGCUAAAAUAAUAAUCCAACUGUCAUAACUUUGAUAACUAAUUGUAGAGCUGCAGAGCAGACUGGUUUCAAAUGAAUUUGUUCAAUUUUUGCAGUGCUAUCUAACUUAUGUUCUCAGUGUAUUAUGGAAAAUUCUUUUUUUCAAAAAAAAUCAUUUUUCUUGAAUAAAUUAAAAACUGAUUAUGUUUUGUAUUGUG